AUGGCUACCAGUCGCCCACCCUCAUACCGCCCUGUUGACGGUCAUUCGCAUCAACCAUUACUGAAGGAGGAGCGCCACGGACGUUUAUCCAAUUCCAGUGGCCAUGGCGACGUCGAAGGCAGGCCUAUGCUGCACCAUGCGUCCAUUCGAACCGAAAGUCCAGGCCAUGAAGCGGACAUGGCUACUCGUCGGAAAUACAUUAUCGCAGCGAUAUUCUUGGUCUUGAGUUUGGUUAGCUUCGUCGCGCAGACUGAGGCGGCGGUUUAUAUUCAGCAUGAUUUGAAAUACGAUAAGCCAUACCUUAUGCUUUACCUUACGCAUGGCUCUUGGAUUGUCAUAUGGCCAAUUCAGCUCGUCAUUCUCCGAUUCCAGAACCGGAAGCUCUCGUGGGAUGCGUUUUGGCGACGUCAUAUGUACCAGAUCCGGACCACAGCGAGGAUGGCCGAAUUUCAAGAAUUACACCCUAAUCCGCAUUACAACCGAUCCCUCAUUCCCUACCUGCUCAGAACAGUGGCAUUCGUCACCACUGCUCUUACCAUCGCGGGCGGCUCAUGGUACGUCGCAGUCAACUUGACCACGGCAAGCGAUUUGACGGCGAUUUACAACUGCUCUGCCUUUUUCGCAUACGCCUUUUCUAUCCCAAUUUUGAAAGAUAAAUUGCGGUGGGACAAGGUUCUUUCGGUUGGAGUUGCGAUUAUUGGUGUCCUUAUCGUUGCGUAUGGCCCAGACGAACAUGAGGCGAAGGAUACACCGGAUGGCACAGUUGGACAAGCGAAGGAUGAGGCUCAGCACCGACUGUUAGGCAAUAUUCUCAUUGGCAUCGGAAGCGUGCUGUAUGGUCUGUACGAAGUGCUAUAUAAGCGAUAUGCGUGUCCCCCAGAGGGCACCAAUCCGGUACGCAGCAUGAUCUUUGCCAACACCUUUGCUAGUUUGUUUGCGAGCUUCACUGUGUUCAUUCUGUGGAUACCCUUGCCUAUUCUGCAUGUCUUGGGUUGGGAGAGGUUCGAAUGGCCGACGGGCGAGGUUGGCUGGAUGGUGAUGAUUUCUAUUAUUUCCAAUGCUACAUUUUCCGGUUCCUUCUUGGUUCUCAUUUCCCUCACAUCGCCCGUGCUUUCUUCCGUCGCGGCUCUCCUCACUAUCUUCCUUGUCGCAAUUGUCGACUGGAUGCGCACCGGAGAGCCUCUCUCCCUCGCUUCAAUCAUUGGUGGUGUUUUGAUUAUCGUUGCAUUCUUCCUUCUCAGCUGGAGUUCAUUCCGAGAGAUGAGAGAGGAGCAGAAGAAGAAAUCCAUUGAGGAUGAGAUGGAUUCCGAUAAUGACGACUAG